AUGAAGCGGGCGAAGCGCGAUGGCAAGAAGGAGGAGAAGGAGAAGAAGGCCUCCAGCAAGGCCGAGCCACAGAUCAGCCCUGCCCUGAUGCCCUUGGGGCUGCUGCUGGUCUGCACGUGCGUGAGCCUCUGUGGGCUGGCGGUUGGCAGCAGUCCCAGCUUCUACUCAGAGGUAGAAGGCAAGACGAGUAUUUUCGUCCGUCUACCGUUCUUCUUUGUCACCCAGGCACUCUUCAAUGAGCUUUGCCUUGGACUGGGCCUCCAGCUGGCCCGCUGGAUCCGUGGCGAUUCAGGCAUUUUGCCUUGGCAUGCCACCAAAGAUGAAGCGAUCCAGCACGACACGAAGAUUCCCUGGCCCGCCUGCGAGAUCCCGGAGGCCCUGCAGGGAUACCGUGGCCGGCCAGGACAGCCCUUCUUCCUCAACCAUGUGACCGGCCGGCAGCGAUGCAAGGAUGCGUGCAUGCGGUUGGGGAUGGGUGUUGGCGCUCUUUUGGGCGUUUGGUUUAUGUGCAGGUGCAUGGACAGAAGAGAUCUGUCAUCACUGGGCUUUACGCUGGAUAGCCCGUUUUUCCAAGAUGCGGCUGCCGGCCUAGUCGUCGGUGUCACCAUCGUCUCGUUUAUGUUUGCCGUCGAGCUUGUGGCGGGAUGGGUAAUCUUCCUGCAGUGGUUCGAAGUCUUCGACAAGUCUGAAAAUUUUGCCGUCUGCAUUUUCUGGGACGUCCUCUUCCAUUUGAAUGUUGCGGUGAAUGAGGAGCUUCCUGUUCGCGGAUGGCUUCUGAACAGGUCUUUGGGUGUGUGCCGGCAAGAAGACAGGACAGCCAUGGCCGAAGAGGGAGACGCACCCAAGAAGCGCACCUUCAAGAAGUACUCCUACCGCGGCAUUGACCUGGACAAGCUUCUGGAUAUGAGCAACCAGGACCUCAUGGAGCUGUUUUGCGCCCGGCAGCGCCGCAAGUUCAGCCGCGGCAUCAAGCGCAAGCCCAUCACCGUGCUCAAGAAGCUCCGAAAGGCCAAGCGUGAGACCGCCUAUGGCGAGAAGCCCGAGGCCGUGAAGACGCACCUCCGCAACAUGGUCAUCGUUCCGGAGAUGAUUGGCAGCGUGGUUGGUGUCUACAAUGGCAAGCAGUACAUCAAUGUGGAGAUCAAGCCCGAGAUGAUUGGCCACUACCUGGGCGAGUUCUCGAUCACCUACAAGCCCAUCAAGCACGGCCGUGCAGGUAUGAUGGGCAAGAACUCGCAGUUUGUGUAUAAUAUUGCCGAAGCGAGCAUGGCACACUGGCAGUUGCCGGCCACGGCGGCAUUUCUGUUCGCCAUGGUGUUGGAAUCCGUGUUCUUCGUGCUGAUGCACCUUCCGUCGCCCGGAGGCACACGCCCUUUGAGCAUGAUCAAUAUCUUCAUGGGGGGCAUGGCUGGCGGGCUCAAUGUGCUGCUCACCGGCGGCCGUUUGGGUUUCGCCCUCGGCUGGCACUUCGGAUGUGGUUUUCCUGCACAUGGUACGACGACUUUAGGAGGAGAAGCCAUGGAUGCAGCGGUUCUGCUCUCCCUCUACAUCUGGGAGGGAUGCAUGCAGGGUAUCGCCUUCGAAACCAUCCCGGCCCUCUUGAGGAAGAAUUCGUGGGCAGUGAGCAAGGGAGAAAGCGACGAAAACGAGAGGCUUCUGAACUAUUCCGAGGUGCCCUUUCAGAUCAAGUUUCUGCUUUGCUUCCUUGUUGAAAGGCAGGGAGCCAUGUGGCGACUGGAGUCCCGAGAGGCUAAGCUCGUGAUUCUUCUGUCUCUUUCGGGCUUUGUUUUACUUGCCUGCUCCAGCGCCGUCGUGGAGAUGCUCGCGUCGCAACCUCCCGACCUGUGGUCGCUUGUGCCGUUAAUCGGCAUGCUGGCUGCCCUGACAGCUCUGGCAGACAUUCUGAUGGAUGGCUGGGGUGUGGAGAAGCUUCGACCAGAGCACGCUUCGCUAUGCCAGGGUCUUGGCCUGGAGAUCGGCCGUUUGGGCGCCAACGAGGUGUUCUUCUACCUGAAGGAUCUGUUUGAGACCAUGGAGCUCCUCUCCGUGCUAUUCAGGGCGGCAGGCAUGCUUUCCGUGGCUAUUGCCGGUUGUCUGUAUCUGCGGAUCCCUGGAAAUAGACCUGCGGCAGCUCAGGGACGGGGCUUCCGACAUCAAGUCACGGAAGUGUUUGGCUUCCUUACACAGAGUGUCAGGGCAAGAUACUUCCUGGGGCUAUUAUUGCUGCUGAAUUUCAUCAAUGGCCACGUGGACUUUCAGAGCCAGCGCUACGAUGCAUUUGGCCUGACGCCAGAAAAACUGGCAUUCUUCAACAUGCUGGUUGUGCCGGUGUCCUUUUGCACAGCAUACUUUAUGGGGACUGCGGAUUGGCCAGCACACCGUCUCAGGUCACUUUACUUCGGGCUCGUGAUCCUGAACUUCGCAUCCAUUUGGCACUUGCGUGCUUGUGAAACUGCGACGCCGGAGAUGCUGAAAGCUGGCAGCUUGUACUGGACAUAUGCAGGUCUCACUGCAGUGCGAAAACUGAUCAACGAUUCGAUCUUCGUAAUUGAAGUUAGCAUCAUCAACGGCCUGGCUGCGACACACCCUUUGAUUUCUGGUUCAAUCAUCUCUGUGCUUGCAAGCGCCUCCAACUUUUGUGGCUCCCUGCCGGAGCAGUGGAUGCCAACUGCCAUUGCCUCUGUUGGCUUGGAGUGGACUGUCACUAUACACACGGCCUUGGGACUGGUUGCUGUGGUGCUGCUGGUCCCCCUCAUCGGCUAG